UCUCUCCCAAUCAGCAAACGUCUGGCGGACCAAUCAGAACCCUCCGUUGGAUGACAACAAACCGUCGACCAAUGGGAGAGAUCCAUUUAACAACAACAGCAAUAUGGCCACGUUUAGAAGACUGGCAGUCUUCACUGCCUUAAUAAUCUCUGCGUUUGCAGUGGAUCGUAAUAACUUUAAAUCAUGCCAGCAGAGUAGUUUUUGUCGACGUCAUCGCGCCAUGAAGCCUGGAGAUCCUUACAUCUUUCAAAUUGAUAGCAUGAAAGUGUCUGAUGCUUGGUGGUGGUUGGGGGAUGUUAUAAAUGAUAAGACAAAGCUAUUUGUGAUGGAACUUUAUCCCAUUCAAGAUUCCACCAUACGCAUCAAGAUUAACAAAAAAACGAAAAAUCCUAUCAAACCACGUUUCGAGGAGCCGUUUGCUGUGGUUGGAAGGCUGAGUCCUGAAAAAUUUGAUGUGCUGGAUAAAUCAUCAAAGUGGAUUACAAUGAAAUUUGGUACUAGCCAAGUGGUUGUCCAAGCCAGUCCAUUAAAAGUAGAUCUGUACAGCCAUGGGCAACUAGUUGUUAGUACCAAUGCCCGUGGCCUUUUGAAAUUUGAACAGUACAGAAACAAAGUUGAAAAUGAAAAUCCUCCUCAAGAAGGGGAGGAGCAACCAAAUAUGUUGCUGGAUGAUGAGGAAGAUAAGGACGGCCUUUGGGAAGAGACAUUCAAAGGCCACACAGACUCGAAACCAAAUGGUCCUGCAUCUGUUGGAAUGGACAUAUCUUUUGUUAAUUCCAAACAUGUGUAUGGUAUCCCUGAGCACGCCGAUUCUUUUUCUUUGAAAGAAACAACAUCCACAGAUCCAUAUCGAUUGUAUAACCUGGAUGUCUUUGAAUAUGAAGUGGAUAAUCCCAUGGCCUUGUAUGGGGCUGUUCCUGUAAUGGUGUCUCAUACUGCUCAGCAAACAGUUGGUAUUUUCUGGCAUAAUGCUGCAGAAACAUGGAUUGAUAUCAAGAAAUUGCCAGACACUAAUGUAGUGUCAUCUAUAACUGGGUUUUUCUCAGGUGGCGACUCAGACCCUCCUCAAGUCUCAACACAUUGGUUUUCUGAAUCUGGGAUAAUUGAUUUGUUUGUCAUGCUUGGACCAAAGCCUACAGAUGUCUUCAGGCAGUAUGGAGAGUUAUCUGGCAACAACCCCCUUCCACCGCUUUUCAGUCUGAGCUAUCAUCAGUGUCGCUGGAACUAUAAUGAUGAAGAGGAUGUACGCCAAGUACACGAAAACUUUGACAAACACGAUCUGCCUUUAGAUGUCAUGUGGCUCGACAUUGAAUAUACAGAUGGCAGGAGGUACUUCACAUGGGACACUCACAAAUUCCCUCAUCCUCUGGAAAUGACAGCGAACUUGACGGCGCGUGGUCGCAAACUGGUGACGAUUAUUGAUCCUCACAUAAAGAGAGACAGCAACUACUUCUUUUACAAGGAGUGUCAUGAUCGAGACUUGUUUGUGCAUACCAAGGAUGGAGGAGAGUUUGACGGGUGGUGUUGGCCUGGUUCAUCAGCAUACUUAGAUUUCACUAAUCCAGAGGCAGCCAACUUUUACAGUGAUACAUACAUGUUAGAUCGCUACAAGGGUUCAACCUUAGAUACUUUUACGUGGAAUGAUAUGAAUGAACCGUCAGUUUUCAAUGGUCCAGAGGUUACAAUGCAGAAGGAUAAUAUCCACCCAGGUUUAGGAGUAGAGCACAGAGAGGUCCACAAUGUGUAUGGCAUGUUGUUUCACCAAGCCACAUAUGAAGGACACCUACGUCGUUCUGAGCAUCGUCUGCGACCAUUUAUCCUCACAAGAGCUCAUUAUGCAGGGACCCAGCGUACUGCAGCUGUUUGGACUGGUGAUAAUACGGCUGAUUGGAAUCACUUGCGUAUUACUGUUCCUAUGUUGCUUUCCCUUGUUGUUACUGGUAUUAGCCAUGUUGGAGCAGAUAUUGGUGGCUUCUUCGGCAAUCCUGACAGCUAUCUGUUGUCACGGUGGUAUCAGGCUUCUGCAUUCCAACCAUUCUUCCGUGCCCAUGCUCAUUUGGACACAAAGCGUCGGGAACCAUGGUUAUUUGAUGAAGAAACCCUGCACAUUAUAAGAAAUGCUUUACGCCAGAGAUACCAAUACUUGCCUCUUUGGUAUACUCUCUUCUAUGAGAAUGAACUUGCAGGUACCCCAGCUAUGAGACCAAUUUGGGCUGAUUUCCCUGAAGAUGAAGCCUCCUUUGGUAUUGACUAUGAACAUCUUAUUGGGUCAGCGCUCUUAGUGCGUCCUGUUGUAGAGCAGGGGGCAACUUCUGCAAGUGUUUAUUUCCCACCAGGACUUUGGUAUGAUGUGCAAGAUUUGACUACAUAUCCAGGGCCAAGUAGUGCUAAUGUAGCUGCACCAAGAGAUAAGAUUCCAGUUUUCCAGAGGGGUGGCAGUAUAAUUCCACGAAAAGACAGAGUUCGACGUGCUUCAUCGUUGAUGAGGGAUGACCCCUACACAUUGGUUGUAGCCUUAGAUGUCGAAGGAAAGGCACAAGGAACCCUUUAUAUGGAUGAUGAACAUACCUUUGAUUAUAGACAGGGCAAGUAUUUGUACUUGGAAUUCUCCUAUGCAGGUGGUGUCUUGAGGUCCAAAAAAAUUGAUCCAAAUGGAAGCUUUGACACAAAUUCAUGGCUUGAGCGAGUGAUCAUCGUGGGCCUCAAAAAACAGCCAACUAAAGUGAUCCUCAAAAGCAGUUCACUUGGCACCCGAGAGUUGGAGAAGACUUUCGUGGAUGGAGACAGCAACCAUGCAAGUCAAUUGACUAUACGAAAGCCAGGCAUAAACAUGCGUGAAGCUUUUACAAUCACAGUCCAAUGAUAAAAGUGAAUUAAUAUGAUAGUGUAUGUAGUAACCAAUUUAUUACAAAUUACAUAUUGUUGUUGGGUUUUAGAUACUAGUAGUUUAAUGGGCAAAUGCAACAUAUCUUUGGUGGAUGAUGGCAGUUUUUGUUGUUAACAUUUUUGUUGUAUUUUUUUAUUUUGAUGAUUGACUGGUUUUGAAUGAUUUCUGCAUGCAUAAUUAUUACACUUACAGAUUUGUUUUACACAUUUAAAAUUAAAGAAAUUUUCACAUUAACUCUGUUAAUUCUUAAUGGUACCAAACCCAAGAAAUUUUCCUGUUGCAGUGAUAUAUUUUAUAAAGGGUGAAGUUUACAUCUUUAUAUACAUUGCCUUGUAACAUAAAUAGUA